AUGACCUUUUUUGCAAAAACUGUAGCCGAAAGAACGAAUCCGGGUCAAAGACAAGUUAUCGAAGAGAACAACUAUGUGUUCUAUGCUUAUGCAAGGGCUGAGGGUCUCGCGGGGAUUAUCAUCAGUGACAGUGAAUAUCCACAACGUGUAGCCUUUUCUUUGCUGAAUAAAAUUCUCGACGAAUUUCUCACAAAAUUUCCCAGGGAUACAUGGAAACCCCAGACAAUCGUUUAUCCGGAGUUAAAAACCUAUCUGGUAAAAUAUCAAGAUCCAAAGCAAGCGGAUCAAAUUAUUAAGGUUCAGGAACAAUUGGAUGAGACCAAACUUGUCAUGAAUAAAACUAUUGAAACUCUUUUGCAACGUGGCGAAAAAUUGGACGACCUAAUCGACAGAUCACAAGAGAUUUCUUUUCAAUCAAAAGCAUUCUACAAACAAGCAAAAAAGACCAACAGCUGUUGUACCAUUUCAUGA